CACCAACAUGGUAGAUGGCAAGCUAGGAUUGGAAGAGUAGCAGUCAACAAAGAUCUCUACUUGGGAACUUUCAACACUCAAGAAGAGGCAGCAGAGGCAUAUGACAUUGCAGCCAUCAAAUUCCGAGGACUGAAGGCAGUUACAAACUUCGAUAUGAACAGAUACGACGUUAAGAGCAUACUUGAGAGCAGCACUUUGCCCAUUGGUGGUGCUGCCAAACGUUUGAAAGAUGCUGAUGAACAGGUUGACCUCACCAUCAUGGAUCCUCAAACCCCUCACGUGGAUUCUAACAUCAAUAUCCUUGGAGCUUCUCACCAUUCUCUUGCAUUACAUCAACCUCAGCCUUAUAGCCACUUGAAUUACACUUAUGGACAAAAGUUUUGGAUUGAUUCUGCUUCCGUUGAUAAUAACAAUAAUAGCUCUGGAUCUAACUAUGUCAUUUAUGGUGGUGGAGAUGGUUACGCGAUUCCCAUGGCUACUCCUACGUUCAAUAUUGCAGAUGAUGAUGAUGUUGUUCAAAAUAGUAGAAGCAACGGUCUUGAGCAUAAUGAUGUGAAGAUGCUUGGUUAUGAAAAUGUGCUCAGCUCCAGUACCGAUCCUUAUCAUGCAAGGGACUUGUGUUAUCUUUCGCAGCCAGCAUCUGGUGAUACUGUUAAGGGUAGUGCAUAUGAUGCAUGCAAUACUUGGGUGCCAUUUGUGAUUCCAAGUACUCUUGCACUAAGGCAUACCAAUGAUCUUUGCUCCGGAGCUUCACCGUUCACAUUGUUGCAUGAGUAGUAGGAAAUUAGAAAGAAGGGUCA